AUGUCGUUUUACAGGGUUACUGUGCAUCCUUCGGUGACAUCAUCCGCCACGAUGUUGAGAUGCGCGAGCAGACCAUUCAAUACACAAUGCGCACAAGCGCUCAGGAGUUUCUCCUCAUUUGGAAAUACAUACCGGUCAUCAAAGCGUGAUAUGCAAACAGCUACUGCCUACCGACCCCAUACCUUACCGUCUGUUUUCCCUCCUCCGUCCCGAAACGCCGGCACCCCAGACACGUCUAUCGCAGCGGAAUUCCCACCGACUCCUGAUACGACGGUCCAAAAACAAGGACAGAGUGAAGGCUAUUCUAACGUGAGUCUGCGGGAAGGGGAAGCGCAGAGGUCGAAACCUGUUACAACCGCACCAACCACAAGCUCGACACAUGCGGAAAAGCCCCGAAGAAAAUUACGGGCAAGAAAGGCAGCCAUGAAGUUGACGCCGCUCGCGGUUGAGCAACUCCGUAAGCUCCUGUCACAGCCAGACCCCAAAUUUAUUCGAGUGGGUGUGAAGAAUCGGGGAUGUUCUGGGCUCGCCUACCAUCUCGAAUACGUUGAAAAACCUGGAGCUUUCGACGAAGUGGUUGAACAGGACGGAGUGAAAGUUCUAAUUGAUAGCAAGGCUCUGUUCAGCAUAAUUGGUAGCGAAAUGGAUUGGCAAGAGGACAAGCUGAGCCGAAAGUUUGUCUUCCGAAACCCCAAUAUUAGUAAGUCCCCCUCAUUUUUACACAUCUUUACCGCGAUACAGUUCGUCUAA